ACACAGUUCAACAUAGAGCUGGGCAUGCGCAGUAGCGGAAUGCAGUCGCUGGGAGGAUGGCCGUCGAUAAUUUUCUCUUUGGCCAGUGCAUCCUUUAUUUUUUAGCAUUUAUUUUCGGUUUCAUCGCCGUUGUGCCCCUCUCUGAAAACGGGGAUGAUUUCCAGGGAAGAUGUCUGCUGUUCACGGAGGGAAUGUGGCAGAAUGAGAACAUGACGAUGGGGAAACAGCGCUUUAUUGUUGAGGAAUGGGGACCAGAGUCAUCCUGUCGCUUUAUCACAUUCGUGGGCAUCGUGUCGCUCAUCCUCUCUGCUGUACAGGCCUGGCGGACGCUUUUCUUCAUGUGUAAAGCGCAUGACGACUCUCCUCUCCAUGCCUUCCUAAAUUUGCUCUUGUCCCUGCUGGUGGUUUUUGUGGUGUUUGUGGCGGGCACCAUUUCCAGUGUUGGCUUCAAUUCCUGGUGUGAUGCUAUCACUGAAAAUGGGGCAAUGCCAAGCAGUUGUGAGGACCUGCAAGACACUAAUUUAGAGCUUGGAGUUGACAACUCAUCCUUUUAUGACCAAUUUGCCAUUGCACAGUUUGGCUUGUGGUCAGCUUGGUUAUGCUGGCUGGGUCUAACGGUGCUGGCCUUCCUGAAGGUUUAUCAUCACAGGCAACAGGAGCUGCUGGAAAGUCUAAUUCAGGAGAAGGAGCUUCUGCUGGGUCAUCCUUUACAGAAUACUUAUGCGUAUAACAGGAAUGCCAUGAUGUAAACAGACAUUUUUCACAUAAUCCCUUUAGACUGCAUGCACUGUAUACCAGUCCUGCUGCAACUAGUUCCUGAGCCCUGGAUUAAAAAGUAUUUUUUAUAAAAACUUAUGUUAAGCAUUUAACCUGAGCCUUGUUUUUCAUGUUUAAAUGAAUUAUAACGGCACAUGUCAUGUUGAGAGAUUUAAAGGAUUUUCAGUAAUGUUCAGUAGACAUCAUACUGGUUGAAUCCACAUCAAGUAUUUGGGUUGUAUCACAUCAUACUUAUUUUUACAGUUAUGCAAAUGUGUUAUCAUCAGGGUAUUUCUUCUUACAGAAAUUGAGAUGAAAUAAAAUGAUUACAGUAUAAAUGUGCAGUUGC